GCUGAGGAUGGCGAAUGUCUUCGUUUUUUUGUUAAUAGCGGUAGUGGGCACUACUGCAGCUGAGAAGCUUCACUUUCCUGAUUUUGUAGCGAUCGAGCAGAACGAGGUACCUAUCUGUGGUGGAUGGGUUAUUGAUAAACCAUUCCGACGUCAUGUGCUCACCACGGAACGCUGUGUCGGGGCUGUUCGCGAGAAGCAACUACUGGUGCGCCAUGGAAGUGCCAAAGUCACCUGGCGUACGCUCAGCAGCGGAGUCAAUCGGAUACUGCGCCAUCCGGCAGCCGAUACGCUGGUGGUGUUGAGCACUUUCGGGACCUUUCGGAAGCGCGAAUCAACUACGAGCACGGAGGAAAUGAAGCAACAGCUACAGAACGCCACGACGGUGGUACUGAGCUGGCGAUGGAACUAUGGAGUGCUCGAGAAGAGUGCCAUUGUGCUGGAGGAUGAUCAAGAACAUAGCGCAGAGGAAUUAGCCAGCCAUCUACUGUGUAAUGAUCAUCAGAAGGACACAUUCGUCCUGGAAGGAGGUUUACUUCUACGUAACCAACAACCGUUCGCUAUGAUGAGCGUAGUUCCAGCUGCAGAUAGUGUUUGUGGGGCGAAGCUGCUCCUCGUUGAACUAACAGACCUAAGCCAAAGCUGGAGCUUAGCCACGCUGCGUGAUAACAGCAGCAAACGCCACCAAGCGGACGAUGAUUCAUCGGGAUCCUUCUUCACCGAUCCAAACUCUCCGUUUGGCUACAUUAUGCUGAUGAUUUUCCUAGGCUACAACAUGCUCUACACAAUGUUCUACUUCAUAUUCUGUAUCGAUAAGCUGAACUCCAGCACAUCGCUCUAGAUUGGGAAUCGGAAUAAAAAGCUA